CCUGUCCAGACAACAAUUGAACCGGACUACAUGUUGGCCAUAAGCCCGCGGAUGACAAGCGAGGAUAUUGAGGCCUUGGGCCAUGAAAUGCAUACCGAAUUACGACGGCAUGCGAAGGCCUUGCACGACUCGCUACUCCUCGUCUUUAAACGCGUCGAGGCAGUUGAGAAGCAACACGAGAAGCUAGACAGCAAGAACAAGUUACUACAGAAGUAUAUUGGGGACAUAACCAGUAUGAGCUAG